CCCUUUUUUCUCUCAUUCGCUCUCAUUCUAACAAAGCUUUACCCUUUUUACUUUCUUUUUUUUUUUAUCUUAUACUUAUUCCUCUCCUUUCACUCUUUUCACACACACAUACAUCAUCUCUCUCUCUCUUUUUUUCUUAGGAAAUGGCAUCCUUGAUGAAUGAAAAUAACAACAGUCAAUCAUGGUCAAAUAAUAGUAGUGGUAUUCAGGAAAAUAAUAAUGAAAAUGAAAACACUACGAUGAAUGACAGUAACGAUGACAAUAAUAAUAAUGAUAACGUAACAAAUGCACAACCUGUUCGUAAAAGAACAAGAGCAACUGCUGACCAAUUGUCAGUAUUGGAAGAUACUUUUGCAGUCAAUGUUAGUCCAAACUCAAAAUUAAGAAAGCAAUUGGCCGAACAGUUGCAGAUGAGUGAAAGAUCUAUACAAAUUUGGUUUCAGAAUAGAAGAGCAAAAGUGAAGCAUAUGCAAAAAAGAGCACAGAUGCAAAUGCAUCAAGCUUCUAUUAGAGCCCAAUUGUAUCAGUAUCAUCAACAACAGCAGCAGCAAGGUUAUGCUCAACCCAUGAAUUAUUAUUACAAUCCUGUUACUGCUGUUAAUUAUCAUCAUCAUCCAAGCCGAAUUCUUAAUGCAAUCCCACGUGCUCAGAGCGUUGAUGCCAUUCAACACUAUCAUCGUCAGCAGCAGCUUUUUGUUCCUCCACCUCCUCCGCCUCCUGGUAUAUCUCCUUCUAAUUACAAUCCUACCAUGUUUUAUCCUGCGAUGGAUAUGUCACCAAUAUCAAGACAGAGCAUGCCACCUUAUGAUCUCAAUGAUAUUGGAUUAGAAUUUCCUGAAUAUCUAAAUGGUCCUUCUCCUUCACCAAGUCCUAUUCAGCCAAUGAAACCGUCCACCAUACCCACUUUGAUACCUGUACCUGAUGCAGGUCCGACUGCUGUAUUAGCAACAACAACAACAACAACAACAAAUACAAAUACAAAUACAACAACAAAAAUAAAUAAUAAAAAUAAUGACACUGCAAACAAAAGGACUUCAUCCGUGGAAGACACUUGGAUAUCUUCCCCAGAUUCUUCCAAUAACAACGAUGACAAGAAUAAUAAGAAUGCCACAUCAACAGACAGCAGUACGGUUGAUCCAUCAAAUUUACUCAUUACUGGUAAAGAACAAUCGACUAUUGUUAUAGAAGGCGACGAAGAAGAAGAACCUAAAGACCUAUACCUAAGUGCUACUACACUUACUAUUGGUACGUGGCACAGAUUAAGGAUGAGUGAAACAGACUUGGUUUGUGUUUAUCGACCAGAUACACGUACAUUUGCGUGGCAUAUUGUUGACGGAGGAUGUCAUUUUAAAAUGGAAGUAACGCAAGAUGCAGUGAGUAGUAUUGAAUAUAUUGUAAAUGGUGAACAUGAUGCGUUAGCAGAAGUUCAUUUUGAUAUAAGUGAGCCUCCACUCUUUUAUAUGGAGUCCACGACAGUAAAUACAACUAUUGAAGAAGACCCACAUGAUAAAAAAAAGAGAAAGGCUAGCAAUGCAAGCAUAAUUACACCAGUAUGGGUGCAGUGCUCUGACUUUACAGAGGGCAAGCAAGCAUCAAGAUUCUUUAGACAUACAUUAAAAGGUGUGCAGCAUCAUCUUAAACAAGAACUACUGGCCUUGAUACAAAACCAUGAAGAAACAAGACGACUUGUUCAUUUCAUUGAGCCACCAGCACCCUCUGCUGCCGCUGCCGCUGCUGCUGCUAAUAUUUAUCCCAUGGACUAUCCAACAGAUAUCGCUGGUUACUUAAACCCAGGCGUGUACUGGAAUAAUGGAGGUGGUAUUCCGAUUACUACAUCUGCUGGUAAUACGAAUGGUGGAACAUCAAGUAACAGUGAUCUAUUAUCCUGUGGUCUCUAUAUUAGUUAA